GGGGGGCGCUGCCUGCGUGGCGCCCGGGGCGGGGGCGCCGGGAGCCGCGCGCCGGCACGUGCUCGUCCCGGGGACGCCGGGCCGGGGUGGGCGCGCGUGUGCGCGUGGGGGCGUGGGGUGUGUACCCGCGCCGUGCCCCCCGCGCGUGCUGCCGGGCGGGCGCCGGCGUGAGUCACGGCGGGGCUAGCCUUUAUAACGGCCCGGAGGCUCGCGCCAGCCGCCCGCCAGUCCGCCCGCCCUCCGCUCCGCGCUCCAGCGAGCGCGCCCCGGCCCCGCGCCCCCAACGGCCCCCCAACCGCCGCGUAGUCCCGAGGACGCCAUGAGGGGCCCGCGCUGCGCCCCGCUGCUGCUCCUGCUGCUGCUGUCGCCGCUGCUGCUCAUACCCCCUGCCGGGGACGCCGCCGUCAUCACCGGGGCCUGCGACAAGGACCCCCAGUGUGCCGGAGGCAUGUGCUGUGCUGUUAGUAUCUGGGUUAAGAGCAUAAGGAUUUGCACGCCUAUGGGCAAAGUGGGAGACAGCUGCCAUCCGCUGACUCGUAAAGUUCCAUUUUUUGGGCGAAGAAUGCAUCACACGUGUCCAUGUAUGCCGGGCUUAGCCUGUUUACGGACUUCAUUUAAUCGAUUUAUUUGUUUAGCCCGAAAGUAAUCACUUGAGAGUAGAAACUUUAAAUGUGAACAGCCACAUGAUGUCUGUAAAGUCUAUUUACUUGUGAUUGUGCCAAACAAAUAAUAUGCCAGAAAGAAAUGCUGUUGCUUCCUCGCCUAUCCAAGUAACAUUUCUAUCUUUGAUGUUUAAAUGACUUUUUUUUUAAUUGAAAGUGGAUUUUAAUUUUGGAUAUUAAUGUAAAGUGCAGGGCAUUAUGGAACCAGUUCUCAUUUUCCUGUCUGUGUUUUGAUUUGGCUGGGCUCUUUUAAUGCCAGUAACUCACCUAUUUUCACAGAAAUGAGAAGAAUAAGAAUUUGAUAUUUUGUCGCAGGAAAUUUUUUUUCUUAAACCCUCUCCCACCAGCCCUGCCCAUCACACACACACACACACAUAUAUACACACUCUGGAGUCUCUUUUCUGUCUUCAAAGAAUUUUAAGGCUCUCACUUUAUUUUUCACCAUUUCCCUCACCAGUCCUCUAGCCUUUGAAAGUGGGGAGCAGGGUUGUUUCACAGACUCUAAUUUGCUUGCAGAAUCACUGUUGAGACUCGAGCUUUUUGCCUGAUACUUAAACAGUGAAGGGUGUGUAGUUGAACUAGACACUCCAGACUUCUAGAUGGAGUAGAGGUUGGAGUGCUUCCAAACUUUCACGGAACCUGUCCAUGCAACAAGACUUCAGGUCCACUGUGUGACAGGUGUGAGUCCAGAGGGAAGGGAAAGUCAAGUUAGUCCAUAUAUCUAGAUUUGGGUUGGUUUAAAAAAAAAAAAAACUAAAAACU